AUGAUAGAUUCUUUUUAUGAGGGCAAGAAUGUUUUUCUGACAGGCUGCACUGGUUUUGUUGGAAAAGUCCUCUUACUCAACUAAAUUAUAAUCAGACUUUUGUUUGCUAGUACUUUAUAUUUUCUAAAUAAUUUUAAUAAAAGGUAAUACAAGAAAUUAUUUUUGCAUUCAAAAAAUUGCAAUUAAAAAAUUAAAAAUAUUUAAAAGCAAUCCAGUCAAGAUAUUUUUCGAAAGCAUUAAUUUUUGUUCAUUAUUAGCAAUCCUAAAGCUCUUUUUGGGGUAAUUAGAAAAAAUCUUAUACUCUCUUCCUCGUAUAAACAAGGUUUAUGUCCUAAUUCGAACAAAAAAAGGCAGUUCAACUGAAGAAAGAUUCAAGAAAGAAAUCUUCGACUCCCUCUGUUUUGACCGACUUAGAGCUAGAGAGCCUAACUUUGACGAGUUCAUGAAAGAAAAACUAGUCCCAAUCGCAGGAGAUAUGCUAAAAGACGGCCUAGAUCUAUCCCCAGAAGAUUUUCAGGAGCUUACCCAAAAUGUUAAUAUCAUCAUCAAUUCUGCGGCUUCUGUUGACUUCAACCAGAGACUUGAUAUGGCUUUACAAAUAAAUACCUUUGGCAGUUUACGUGUCCUCGCCCUCGGCAAGGCUUGCAGGAAUCUAAUAUCUUACGUCCAGGUCUCGACUGCCUAUGUAAACUGUGACAAAAGAGGCUGGGUCGAUGAAAAGUUUUACCCUCUCCAAACCAAUCCUAGGGCUCUUUUAGCAGAAUUAGUGGCGAUUCCUAUAGAAGAAAUUGAAAGAAGGACUCCAGGAAUUAUUGGAAGUUAUCCAAAUACUUAUACCUAUUUAAUGCUGCAAAAAAUAAAAAACUAUCUAUAAUCUAUUUUAAAUAGGGAGUACUAUUUAAGUAAAAUUAGUACCUUGAAUCAGUAAAUUUUAUAAAAAUUUUUUUUAUGAAGCAUUUAAUAUAAUCCGUUGGGUUUUUUUUGAGCACCAGUAAACCUGCUAACUGGUCGCAACGAGCCCAAUAAACUUUUUUUUUAAAAAAAUUAACCUCUUUAAAAUUGAAGCAGCUUUUAUUCCAAUUUAAAGUGGGAGUUAUACUUUUUACAAAGAACUUGGCUGAGCAGCUUAUUGCGCUGGAAAGAGAAAAUUUGCCGAUUUGUGUGGUGAGGCCUUCUAUUAUUGGCGCGAGUUGGAAAGAGCCAGUUCCUGGGUGGAUUGAUUCUGUGUCAGCAGCUGCAACUUUUUAUUUAGCUGGAGGAUUAGGAUUAUUGAGAGUUACUGUCGGGAAAAAAAAUUAUGUGGGUGAUCAAAUCCCUGUGGAUAUUGUAAUUAAUUCUAUUAUUGCUGCGUCUGUAUUUUUGUGCAAGCCUGGACAAAUUUAUGCAAUGCACGCAGGGUCAAGUGCCAGAAAUCCUAUUACUUGGAUUUCUGUAACAAAUAUUGUGCAAGCAUACUGACGCAAGAAUCCUUCAGAAAAAGCUUUUGGGAUUUGCAAUUUCAGAUUUGUGGAAAAUCCAAAGGUGUAUGAAAUGGUGAGAUUUUUCCAGAGAAAAUUACCAAUUUGGGCAUUUACUAGCUCCUGCCUUAGAGCAAUAUAAAAAUUAAUCACAUAAGGCGAGGAAUCGAUUUUUAUAUAGAUUAUUUUACUUAAUGCUUAUUAUUUUUUUAAAAUUUAAAAUAAAUAUUAUAAAAAAAAUUAGCUAUAAUAUUGCUGGAUUUGGGAGGAAUAAGUAUGCACAGAUAACAAAAAGUCCUGGACUCUUAAAACAAGCAGGCAGAUUCAACAAGUUUUUAAGCCGAGAAAAGCUAAUUUCAGACUCAUUUUCUUAUUUCACUUGUAACGAGUGGGUUUUUUCUACACAACAUUCAGUAGAUAUGAUGAAAAUAAUGACUGAAGAAGAAAGACAGACUUUUGACUUAGACAUUGCCAAAAUGGACUGAAGGCUCUAUUUAUCUAAUUUCACCUACGGCCUUCAAAGAUUUAUCUUAAAAGAAUACGUCGACACCCCAGUAAGCGAGCACUCCCGAGAUCUCGUUUUAGACUACAGAGGCAGCAAGUAUUUUUCGGACGUCAACUGGUCUUUAUCUCACGGUGAAAUCUUCAAAAUCACCAGUUUCAAAGAAAUGAAAGGCCUAAUAUUGAAUUCCCAAAGAGUCCAAAGCGUCAUAAAAGAGCUCAACGCCAAAGAUCUCAAAGACAAAAUUGACCAUAGCUACAGAGCUAAAUCAAUAAUCAACAAAAUGCUAUGUGACAUGAGAAUGCCAAUGGUCAGAUUUUUCGGCUGGGCUUUGCGUAAAAUCUGGAGAAGACUCUAUGAAAAAAUCGUGGUUGACCAAAAUUCGUUAAAUAUGCUAAAAGAGUAUAGGUCUGAUUCUGAUGGUCCGUUAGUCUUGAUACCUUCCCAUAGAAGUUAUCUUGAUUUCUUAAUAGUCUCUUAUGUUCUUUUUUCUUAUGAUAUUCGUGUCCCUUAUAUAGCAGCUGCAGAAGAAUUCAAAAAUAUUAGAAUUAUUAAUCAUCUGUUAAAGAUGACAGGAGCAUUUUUUAUUAGGAGAAAAGUGCAAGGAGACCCUUUAUAUGCAGCCAUUCUUACUGAGUAUAUGCAUAACUUGUUAAAAGAGCAACAAAUUGUGGAAUUCUUUAUUGAGGGGACCAGAAGCAGGACAGGCAAAACUCUUCAUCCAAAAUUCGGGCUGCUAUCAAUUUGCACUGAAGCAUUUUUUGAUAAAAAAGUACCGAACGUUAAUUUUGUGCCAGUCACAAUUAAUUAUGAAAGAGUGCUGGAAGGGGAAACUUUUCCAUUUGAGCUGCUAGGAGAAGAAAAAGUAAAAGAAUCAUUAUCAAGAAUAAUGAAAUCAUCAAAAAUUAUUAUAGUAAUUUCUAAAGAAUAAUUAUCUAUAAAAUUCAUAGGGAGAAUUUUCUAUAAAAAGAUAUAACACAAACCUAGGAAAAAUUUUCUUUGAAAUUGGAAAACCAAUCUCUCUUAAAGACUAUAUCAAAACAGUUGAUCUUGACCCUUACAAUAACAAAGACCACAGAGAUAUCAUUAACCGAAAUUUAGGCUAUGAUAUCGUCUAUCAAAUCCAAGAUUUAAUUAUGGUCAUGCCCACCUCCAUUGUAGCUUCAGUAAUGCUGAUGCAUAGAAGAAAAGUUCUUGAAGACGAGCUUAUCGCUAAAUCUGAAUGAAUCAGAGACGAAAUCAAAGCAAGAGGCUACAAAGUAGGCAUGAAUGACGGAAGUGGCCAAGGCGCUGUUAGAAAUGCAGUUCACCACUUAAGCCAAGCUUUAACCCACAAAAAAGAUUUAUUUGAGCCAAGCGUGAUGAUGAAAACUGACUAUAAAAAUAUUUUACUGAUGUCUUAUUAUAGAAAUGCGCUAUACCACAUUUUCUCAAUGGAGUCUGUAUGUGCAUGUGCCCUUUUCAGCUUUGGCCAAAAGCUUGCAUGGGAAGAAGGCAUUAACCAGACGAGGGUUAUGGAAGAAAUCAGGUUUUUAUCGUCAAUUUUGGCUUCGGAAUUUAUUUCAAGAGAAAAUUCUACAAAAGAAACAGCAUUUUUAGCGACCUUAGAAAAUAUGAAAAAAAGAGGGUUUAUUGAAGAAAUCGGCGAUAAAUUUAGAAUUAAAAAAACAGGGGAACUUGGCAUUACAUUCUUAUGCUCACUGUUAUGGCCAAUUAUAGACAGCUAUUGGGUUACUUUGAUGUUUACGUUAGCUUUAUACACCAGAAAGAACUUGACCCCUGAAAAGGUGAUUCAAAGCAUCCAAUGGUUUGCAGAAAAUAUGUAUGAGGAAAGGAUGCUUGGGUUUUAUGAAGCUUGCUCAUUAGAAAACAUGAAAAAUGCAGUAAAAUCAUAUGAGAUGAUGGGGGUCAUACAAAAAACAGAAAGAAAUGGAGCGACUGUGAUUGAGCUGACUGAAAAAUAUGCUGAUGAAGCGAGUGUCCAAGAGCUUGUAGAUCAUGUAGGGAAUUUCAGGAAAGCUACACUUACAGGGAUUGUGACGCCGAAAGAAGAACUUAGAAGACUUUUAAUUUCAGAGUUCCCAGAAAUGCCAAAACUUUAG